CUCCACGUUACAAGCAGUAUGGCGGCCCCCAUGAGCACUGUGGGUAGAUCCACAGCUGAGCGAUUGCCCCUCAACACUACGAGUUUUCAGAAGAAAACGAGGACAAAGUUGAUCUCCAUACCUGGUACCAGACCAUCGGUUCAAAAUGGACAACUCUUAGUGUCGACCGGUGUCACGUCACUCGACUAUCUGCUCGGUGGCGGGUUAGCAGUUGGAACAGUACUUCUCGUAGAGGAGGACCGAUACGAUAGCUACUCUCGUAUGAUCUUGAAGUACUUCUUGGCAGAAGGAGUUGUGUGCCGACAUGAACUUUUCGUGGCGUCGGCUCACGAUAACCCAGAUGACAUCUUACAGGAACUCCCUGCUCCCAUCUUGGACGAUGUUGCUAUCCACAAACCAGUGGAGCAGCCCAGGCUGUCUUGUGAACCUCCGGACAGUUUGGAUGCCAUGAAGAUAGCCUGGCGCUAUCAGAAUCUUCCAAAAGUACAGAGUGCCCUGGCCUCCUCGUCCCGGUUCGGGCACUACUACGAUGUCUCCAAGACGAUGGAGCCAGAAAUUCGCCAGGCAGCCAAGUGCCACCGCUUCUACCUUACAGAACAUCCCACCCAGUCAUCACCCACACACAGUACCAUGCUUGAGUCCUACUCUGCGUUGCUGAAGUCCCUUCAAGAGGUCAUAAGCAGUGAGGGUUUUGAUGUAGCAGCUCCCAUGUCAAAGUCGCGUAACAUACUGCGAAUUGGGCUUCCCUCUCUCGGCUCGGCUUUGUGGGGCGAUGACCUGAGUUGCCACGACAACCCUAGAAAUGGCCACGCCCUCACUACAUUUUUCUAUGGACUGCGUGCUCUGCUGAGGUCAUCGCUCACGGUUGCUGUAGUUACUGUACCUUCACAUCUCAUCCAGGACAGAGCUCUAAUGGGCAACAUAACCAGGCUAUGUGACAAUGCAAUAGCCCUGGAAUCGUUCAAAGGCUCCGAGAGAGAGACCAACCCACUCUACAAAGAUUACCACGGUCUGCUGCAUGUACGCCAAGUACCCCAUCUGAACUGUCUGGCGAGUAAACUUCCUGACCACAAGGACCUGGCCUUUAAGCUCAAGAGAAAACAGUUCACUAUUGAGAGACUGCAUCUGCCUCCAGACUUGUCUGAGACGGUGAGUCGUGUGAGCCGGGGGGAGCUGGCAGGAGGGGCCACGGUGGCUUCAGCCUGUGGCUCCGGCGGUUCCGGCAACAAACACCUGGACUUCUAGUGCGCCCACACAGUUGCCAAGGGCAACCAACACCUGCGAUGCCUCAGCGUUGUCCUCUUUACCAUGGCGACCAGGUUGUUCCUUCGCCCACACAAUGUCGACCUCAGAAGCCCCGCAAGCCAUUACUACCUACUCUCCCGGCCAGUGUCAAAGAUCUAAACAUCAACCACAUCUCUUUUUUUGUAUAAACAUACAGCACACUCACUCACAAGUUGACGUUUACACGUGCCAUCCUGCUAUUAGACGGUAAUUUAACUAACUAACUAGCCAACGUGGAAUACCUACAGCUGUUUUUCCACGCAGAAAAUGCGUUUUUAAAUUGUUAUAUGAAGAUGUGCGAUUGGCACGGUGAUUCGUACCUAACCCAAGACGGAGGGAUUAUUCAAAGGUUAUUUCAGAGAAUUAAUAUAGCAGCAAUGAACUACUUACAAUGUAAAGAUAUGGUGGAGUAGUGAACAAAGUGACACUCCCUCUGUAUUGGUUUUAUGAAGCCUCGCUAGCUAACGGUCGCCGCCGUUCCUCAUUGAGCACCUUUAAGAUCUGGUACAUUUAGUUUGUUUCUUGUUGUUCUCUGUCUCUCGGGAUUUCCCUGACAAGCAAAGUGUCGUCAUGAAAUAUUUUUUAGUCUACACCGACCCCUUACUCUUGGCAAACAGUAAAUAAUUUAAGUGCAUUCUCCCUCGCUCCGAGCGUACUGUAAAAACAAAAGUGGCCACUCCUGUCUAGCUCCUCCAUGAGCAAUAUCAUUGUUUGUUUAGUUAAAUAAAGGCAAGCACGGAAGAACCUUUUUUUUACUUGACACCAGCUCUGAAGGGAAAGUGGACUACCGGUGAUAGGAUCUAAAGUGAGUGUGUGAUGGUUGCAGGUUUGCAUAAGGAUGCUUCCAUCUGACCCUCUGAGUCUCUGCCGGUGAAUGACGUCCACCUCCUGUGAGCCUGAGAGAUGAGCAGCGUCGUAGGCGCAGAGCAGAGGAGCUGGAUUUGGGUGCAGGCUUCACACCUCAUCAGGCGUGUUUGCUGGAUGAGCUGCUUUGCCAUGACAAGUCCAAAAGAACAAAUUAGGUCAAAUAGUGACAUGGAGAAACAGAGGGGGGGGAAAAAAACGUGAAAAAUUAAAUGUUUCAUUUUUGUUUUCCCUCAGUCUGCUGCUCAUGCCAGUUUGAAUAAUUUUGCCUUUGAAAACUGGCAAUACUGGUGACCAUCUGCAAAACGUGUUGGAAGAGGGAAGUGUUACCUGACAGUUUCAUGCAUGAAUGGAGUGCUCAUACAUCGGGUAUAUGAGAGAGAGGGGUACAAGACGUACAAUGGUCACUUGUAGUGAACGAGUAGUCUAGAUAAAAGUUAUUGUGGUGGAUGAGCUGACAUAUUAUGGAUACACGUGCCAUGUCACCAUGGAGCUGAGACACUCCGUUCAAAGUGCAGUAAGUUCGACAAGACAAUCGGCAAAGUUGUAUAAGUAGUAAAUAUCUUCGGUAGGUGUUCAAUUUAUUUAAGCCUCUAAACGCAGUAACACAAUAACUGCAGCGCCACAAUCUGGUGGAGAAUCUAUUCUCUCCUGUCGGAUGGAUUUUUGUGAUGAAGGACGUAUUUGAGUCUCUGUAAACGCCCCUCAGGAGCAAAGCGUCAAAUCUUGUUUUGCUAAAAUCACAAAAAUGGUUUAUACCACGUUAUUAUGUGAUGAGUUUCAUAACAAAUCAUAAAUCAUAAGGUGUUGUCUUGUUUUUUUGUUUGCAUUGCCCUUAAUGUAUUCUGUAACAAUAGCAUUUAAGGUGUACACUUGUUUAACAGAACCUGUUUCUUUACAGCCUUGCUCGGCCUAAAGCAGAGACACCGAGUGUACAGAAUGUUCUUUUAUAAUUGUGUUUUUUGGCAGCUUCUGCUCACGUUGCAUCAGUUCCUUAAUAAAGCCAGUUGUUUUUGUACAGCA